AUGGACUCCAGAGCCCUACAAAACACAAAUAGUCUAGCCCAUAUACACGAGGGUCCCUGGAUGGCAUAUUUGCAUGCAGGCGGUAAAUUUCAUUGCGGCGGUUCGCUGAUCAAUCACCGAUAUGUACUGACUGCCUACCAUUGCAUACAGCACGGUGAGACCCUGAGCGUGCGUUUGGGCGAGUACAACACUGCCACAUACAACGACUGCAACGGUAAUGACUGCAUUCCGCCCUACGAGGAGUUCCAAAUAGAUAAAGCUAUUCGGAAUAAGGACUAUACAAGGAACAAUCGCUUUCACGAUAUUGCCUUGAUUCGACUAUCGCGAUGGGUGGAGUAUAAAGGUAAAUUAGGGUGCAAAAAACCUUUAAAAACUAUAUAUAAAUAUAAUAAUCAUAAAUUCUCGCAUGCAGCCCACAUCAAGCCCAUAUGCCUGAUCACAGACAAGAGUCUGCAUUCGUAUAUCGAGAGCAUGCAGGAUUUUAAGGCCACUGGUUGGGGUAGCAGAACCAGAGGAUCACCCAGUCGCACCCUGAAGUCCAUUCCAAUCCACCGCCUGGAUCGUAGCGAGUGCCGUAACAGAUACAUGGUGGAAUGCGGUAGCGGUCAGAUCUGUGUAGACCAUGAGCCGGGCGUGGCUUGCGGCGGUGACUCCGGCGGACCCAUGGGACACAUGGUGCGUUUAGGAGAUCAAACGGUUUACGUUCAAGUGGGCAUCGUGAGCUAUGGCAACCCGGAGUGCCGCAGUCCCAGUGUCUUUACGGAUGUCAUGAACCAUAUAGAUUGGAUACAAAUGGUCAUCCGGAGGUUCCCUUAGUAGAGAUUUUGCUCUUUUUAAGGCAUUAAGAAAUGCCAAAAUAAAUAAAUAAAGUAAGCUGUUUCAAAACUUAUUUUUUAUGAUAUUUUUUUUUUAAUAUUUGUUAUAUAUAAUUUAUAAAAUAACGAAAAAGUAUCCACAUUAGGCGAAGUUGCUCCAUCUGUGGUAAAUAGUGAGAAACUGCUAAUGAAAAGCGCCAUCUAGGCGGAAAAUACUGGAGACCUACGUUUAGUGCAUACACCAACCCAUUGAGGUGAAGGUGAAUUGAGGAGGAUUGUAACUUGAAUAAGCAACUAGUAGAGUUUUGAACCGCAUAUUUUAGUACAGCAGUUUUAAUUUAAAAUUAAAAGUGUAAAAAAAUAAUUAAAACGAAGAAAAUAAAUAUUAAAAAAUAUGAUAAAUAUAAAAAAAACAUAAAAUUAUAUAGGAUGAAUAAAACGUAAUAUUAACUCGUAAAAGUGUGCUUAAUAUUUAUAUUUAUUAUUUUUUUGUAUAAUUUUUUAACUUUUGAACAAAAGAAAAAUCUUAAAACAUGAAAUAACACAAAUGGUUUGACCCACUUAAUGCCUUUUUUUCGAAACACGGGCUGAACUUCGAUUAGCGUUCGAUUUAUCAGCAUUAUUCAUGCUGUCAGUACAAAGGUUUUAAUUUCACAAAACAAAUGAAUGCAAAAUCGCAAGGGGCUGGCAUGCAAAUCACGCAGCCCAAUGCCUGGCUGCUUUUUUUAUUUUAAGGACAAUAUUUCCAACAUAAUAUAAUAUAAUAUAUAAUAUAAUCUUUCAUGCUGCUUUCCGCCCCCAAAAAGAGCAAUAAAGGCAAUACAUCGAUGCAUUAUCUUAUAGAUUGUUCAAGCCUGUUGAUAAUGUUGCCGCUCUGCCGCUGCCAUUGCCUUCUGAGCCCCUGCGUUGGCGCAUGCGCAGUGCGCACUCACAUGGAUCGACCAAGUCGGGAUCAAGCAGGGUAGAGCGAGGAGAUCGCAAAAGAACACCCGAUGUGGGCAACCAGGCGUUAAGUUUUUCCAACUUCGCUUUUUUGGUCUGUGCUUUGUUUUGCUUUUUGUUUUGUUUUUUUUUGCUUUUAAGUUCAACUCUGGUUUGCGGGGGUGUGGGUGAGGGCCAGCGGCAGCGGCAUCUCUUACUCCCUUUUGUCGGGGGCAAUGGGCAUGCGUGUCGGUGUCGCCACCACCGAAAUAAGGGCUAAAAGGGGUGACUGUGCAGUGAGCCUUUUGUCCAAUAUUGCCGAGUGCAACAAUUGGCUGCCAGCUGGGUAUCUGUUGCACACACAACACACAGAGAGAAAAAAAACUAGUAAACCUAUUUUGGGUUUUUUUUUUUUGGGAAAUAUAAAAAUGUAUACAAAGGACCUAAGACUUCAAGGGAUGCUUGAUUUAAGAGAUCAGGAGGAAAUACUAGUCAUCUAAGUUAAACUAAGGGAAUUCUCAUAUAAAUAAUUUAAGCAACAUCAAGUACUCCCUCUAAAAAAUCCAAAAAAUAUUCCACCCAUUUUUUCUCACCGUGCAAAUACUCGCACACUCGGCGGUUCUUGCCAUAAAACCCCUCAUGCAUGACGUUGGUUAUAUCCCCCGGAUUCGUCGCCACGACAACGGCAACGAGGGGGAACUGAGAGGGGGCUUUUAUUUAUUUUUUUAGCCGGGCCAAAACAAUUGUGCCACGCUGCGACUGCGCUGCAAGCGUUCCGCUGACUGCGCUGCUGCAGCCUCAGCCGCCGGCGUUGCAGUUUAAAGUUGAAUGCUGCAUUUGAUUACGAUAUGGCGUAGAUUGCCACAGCGGCCUUAAUGAAUUUCCAAUUGUUUGGCAUUUUAUUCUCGUUUGUUUAGCGUUUUGUUUUUUUUUUUUCUGUAUUUUUUGGGAAACUCAUUCAAUUGAUUUAAGCUAAACUUCGUCACGAGCUCAGCUGCCUAAUUGCUUUACAAACCUUUAAUUGUCGAAUCACGAACGUAUUUAUGUGUAGAUAUGUACAUAGAGAACCCAGAUUGGACAUCUGCGGCA